UUCUUCUCACGAAGUCCAUUGAAAGAAGGGAAGUGGAGAGCAUGCUGGGCUUUUGGCUCCUUUCCUCCUCCUUCUUCUUCCUGCCUCUGAAUGGGGCCGGAACAGAGGAAACCAUGGUCCAUCUUCCUGGUGGAAAGGUCCAAAUCCUGGGCGUUUUCUCAACGGUGGAGCCAUUUAUGAUGGACAAGUUCCCCGUCACCAACCGGGACUUUCGGGAGUUUGUGCGGGAGAAGAAAUUCCGGACGGAGGCUGAGGGCUUUGGGUGGAGCUUUGUCUUCCAGGAUUUCGUUCCAAACGCCUUGAAGGAGAAAGUGACCCACAAGCUGGAGUUGGCUCCCUGGUGGCUUCCGAUCGAGAAAGCGUUUUGGAGGCAGCCUUGGGGUCCAGGUUCAGGGCUGGAGGGCCGGCUGGACUUCCCGGUGCUGCAGGUGAGCUGGAGGGACGCCAAGGCCUUCUGCGCCUGGAAGGGGAAGCGCCUCCCCACUGAGCAGGAGUGGGAGUGGGCCGCCCGAGGAGGCCUGGCAGACAGGCUGUAUCCGUGGGGAAACAAAUUCCUGCCCAACCGGACCAACCUCUGGCAGGGCCCCUUCCCGGAGGGCGACUUGGCUGAGGACGGCUUCCACGGAGUCUCCCCGGUGACCGCCUUCCCCCCACAGAACGCAUAUGGGCUGUAUGACCUGCUAGGCAACACCUGGGAGUGGACGGCCUCGGAGUAUCUCCCCCUUGGGGGUGACGCCCGGCAACCAGCCCAGGAGAGGCGGGUCUUACGGGGCGCUUCCUGGAUCGAUACGGUAGACGGUUCGGCCAAUCACAAGGCGGAAGUGGCCACCAGGAUGGGAAAUACUCCGGAUUCAGCCUCUGACAACUUGAGCUUCCGCUGCGCAGCUGAUUUGCCCACCAGGAAAACAAAGAACAAGAAGACUGAACUCUGAAGACAGGAAGGAAAUCUUCCAAAAGGAAAGGAAUGAAACGUCACUUCAGGAAAAGGUUUUUUUAAAACUAUACUUUGUUGGGAUUUGUAGUCCCAAAGGCUGCUGGAUAGUGUUAAAUUCUUUCGGAAUUAAUAACACUGUUAUUUUCUACAUAUAUAUUAUAUAAACAGAGGCCGUUUCCAAUAAAUAAAGCACAUUUAUUGAGCUUUGAAA